CGGCAGGAGUUGGAUCUGUGCGAGGACGACGCGCUACAAAACAGUAAAAACCUUCUCUUUUUACGCAUGGAUCUGGUCCUCGAGUCAGAGGGGUUUCCUGGAGGCGCGGUGGCGCAGCGGCUGGACGUUUUGGAGAGGUUUGCUGGAGACAGAGAGCUGGCGCCGUGAAGUUGUAAAAGUAGUUUCCUUUGAAGUUUUCCUCCUGCACCUCCUCCGGACGCUGCUCCAGCCGCAGAGCCACGGCCUCAUGGCGCAGCGCACACGGGGGAACUCAGCGGCUUUGGCUCCGCAUUUACGCACUCCUUUACGGAAUAAACGAGCGGGGAUUUACAGGCGCGCCGUGGCUUUUUCCUGCAGGUUCGUGCUCGUUUGCUCGGCCCUGUCGUUUGGAUUUUGCGGCGCCGAGGAGUUUAAUAUCCUGGAGGAAGCUCAAGUUUUGGCGGAUCAGAUGAAGAAGCUGUCCACGCAGGAGCUGGGCGUCUUCACCAUGCAGAGAAUAUUCAACUCUUUCGUGUACACAGAGAAGACGUCGAAUGGAGAGACUGAGGUGCAGCAGUUGGCCAAGAAGAUUCGUGAAAAGUUUAACCGUUACCUGGACGUGGUCAACAGGAACAAGCAGGUGGUGGAGGCAUCGUACACGGCCCACCUGACCUCUCCGCUGACCGCCAUCCAGGACUGCUGCUCCAUCCCGGCGUCUAUGAUGGAAUUUGAUGGAAACUUCAACACCAACGUGUCCAAGACCAUCUGCUGUGAUCGACUCUCCCCAAACGUCAACAGCCGAGCCUUCAACCCGGGACGAGACCUCAACUCAGUUUUGGCCGACAAUCUGAAGUCGAACCCUGGGAUAAAGUGGCAGUACUUCAGCUCAGAGGAGGGAAUCUUCACCGUGUUUCCAGCUCAUAAGUUCCAGUGUAAAGGAAGCUACGAGCACCGCAGCAGGUCUGUGUACGUCUCUGCGGUCCGGCCUCAAUCCAAACACAUCGUGGUGAUGGUCGACCACGGAGCCUCAGUCACUGAAACCCAGCUCCAGAUCGCCAAAGACUCCGCCCUGGUCAUCCUGAACUCCAUCGACGAGCAUGACAAAGUGUCUGUUCUGUCGGUGGCAGACGCAGUUCGAGCCUGUUCUCUGGACCAGUGCUACAAGUCCCUGCUCUCUCCAGCCACCAGUGAAACGAAGAGGAAGAUGAGCACCUUCAUCUCUAAUAUAAAGGCGUCAGACGGGUUCACGCAGCACUCAGCCGGCUUCCAAAAGGCCUUCCAACUACUGCGCAACACUACCAGCCUGACCAAGCACCACACAAUGUUUAACUCGGUGACGGCCACAGACAUGGUGAUCAUCUACUUGUCGUCGGGCGUCACGUCUCGAGAUUCCUCGGAGCAGGAGAAGAGAGCGACACUGAGCGUGAUCCGAGAGGAAAACAGGAUCCUGAACAACACGGUCAUGAUCCUGACCUACGCCCUCAUGAACGAGGGAGUCACGGGUCUGAAGGAGCUGGCAUUCCUCAGAGACUUGGCUGAGCAGAACUCGGUCAAAUACGGCAUGGACCGGACAUUUGAGCGGGAGCGUUUCUUGGCGGCGUCAUCAGGGUCGGGGUCGGUGGGAGGAUCCAUGAUGCCGGUUGUUAAGGGGAGCAUGAUGGUUCUUAAUCAGCUGAGUAACCUGGAGACCACAGUGGGACGGUUCUACAUCAACCUGCCCAACCGAAUGAUUGACCUCGCCCACUUCAGCCUGGCGUACGCCGACCCGAUGGGAGACGGGUUCAUCAUGACUGUGAGCCGACCCUGUUACUUUGGAAACCUGCUUUUGGGCGUGGUCGGAGUCGACGUGAACCUGGCGUACAUUUUAGAGGACGUCACGUACUACCAGGACUCUCUGGCUUCAUACACGUUCCUCAUAGACAACAAAGGUUACACUCUGAUGCAUCCAUCGCUGAUCCGGCCGUACCUCAUGACUGAGCCUCCGCUGCACACAGACAUCAUCCACUACGAGAAUAUCCCAGGAUUUCCUGCAGUUCGGCAGAAUAUUCUCAGCCUUCCUUUGGGCAGUCAGAUCAUCUCUGUCCCGGUGAACUCGUCUCUGUCCUGGCACAUGAACAGGCUGAGGGACAACAGUAAAGAGGCCUACAACGUCAGCUACGCCUGGAAACUGGUGCAGGACACUUCGUUCAUCCUCUGUAUCGUGUACGUCCAGCCUGAGAUCCCAGUGAAACAGCUCAAGAACUUAAACACUGCCCCGAGCUCCAAACUGCUGUACCAUCGUCUGGACCUCCUCGGACAGCCCAGCUCCUGCCUCCACUUCAAGCAGCUCGCCACCGUCGAGUCACCCACUGUGAUGUUGGCGGCGGGCAGCUUCUCGUCUCCGUAUGAGCACCUGAGCCAACCCGAGACUAAGAGGAUGGUAGAGCACUACACGGCCUACCUGAGCGACAACACACGGCUCAUCGCCAACCCCGGCCUCAAGUCCUCUGUCAGGAACGAGGUGAUGGCGACCAGUCAUGUGACGGACGAGUGGAUGACCCUGAUGGAAAUGAGCAGCCUCAACUGUUACAUUGUGCGUCGUUACAUAGCAACGCCCAGCGGGGUGCUCCGCAUUUACCCAGGAUCCCUCAUGGACAAAGCCUUCGACCCCACACGAAGACAAUGGUACCAGCAUGCCGUUUCUAAUCCGGGCCUUAUCACCUUCACGGGCCCAUACCUGGAUGUGGGUGGAGCCGGUUACGUCGUCACCAUCAGCCACACGAUCCACGCCUCCAGUUCUCAGAUGGCCCCGGGUUACGCUGUGGCAGUGAUGGGCAUCGACUUCACUCUGCGUUACUUUUAUAAAGUCCUACUGGACCUGCUGCCCGUCUGCAACCAGGACAAAGGCAACAAGAUCAGGUGUUUUAUAAUGGAGGACACAGGUUAUCUUGUGGCACAUCCAACUCUCAUCGAUCCCAAAGGCCACGCUCCAGCCGAACAGCAGCACAUCACACACAAGGAGCCGCUCGUCGCUAAUGACAUUCUCAACCAUCCAAACUUUGUGAAGAAAAAUCUGUGCAACAGUUUCAGUGACCGCACAGUGCAGCGUUUCUACAAGUUCAACACGAGCAUCGUGGGGGACCUCACCAACCUGGUCCAUGGGAGUCACUGCUCCAAGUAUCGCCUCACGAGGAUCCCAGGGACCAACGCUUUCGCCGGAAUCGUCAACGAAACCUGCGACUCUCUGGCCUUCUGUGCCUGCAGCACCGUGGACCGCCUCUGCCUCAACUGCCACAGAAUGGAGCAGAAUGAGUGUGAGUGUCCCUGUGAGUGCCCCCUGGAGGUCAAUGAAUGUACAGGCAACCUCACCAGUGCUGAGAACAGGAACCCGAGCUGUGAAGUGCUGCAGGAGCCUCUGAGUCUGAAUGUGAUUGACCCGAGUUUACACGAGACUCUGCCUCAGUGCAUCAACACACGCUGCAGCCAGAGGUUCACCAGCAGUGACUGUUUUGGAGUGCUGGACUGUGAGUGGUGCAUGGUGGACAGUGAUGGGAAGACGCACCUGGACAAGCCGUACUGUGCCCUGCAGAAGGAGUGCUUCGGGGGCAUUGUCGGAGCCAAGAGCCCCUAUGUGGACAACCUGGGACUGUUAGAAGAAGACGUGGCCCCUCUGAACAUGAUAAAGAGCGCCCCCGUUGGGCCAGUGGCGGGGGGUAUUAUGGGAUGCAUCAUGGUUCUGGUCCUGGCUGUUUACGCCUAUAGACAUCAGAUACACAGACGCUCGCAUCAGCACAUGUCGCCUUUGGCAGCACAGGAAAUGUCCGUGAGAAUGUCCAACCUUGACAACGAGCGCGACGAGAGAGACGAGGACAGCCACGAGGACAGAGGCAUCAUGAGUAACACCAGAUUCAUUGCUGCGGUCAUCGAGAGGCACACGCACACGCCCGAGCGCCGGAGGAGGUACUGGGGCCGCUCGGGGACAGAAAGCGACCACGGCUACAGCACCAUGAGCCCGCAGGAGGACAGCGAGAACCCGCCCGGCAACAACGACCCGCUCUCGGCCGGCGUCGACGUCGGUAACCACGACGACGAUCUGGACCUGGACACGCCCCCUCAGACGGCCGCGUUACUCAGCCACAAGUUCCACCCGUACAGGCACUCGCACACGCACCACCACCCGCUCCACACACACGCGCACCACCUACAGGCCGCCGUCACCGUGCACAGCGUCGACGCCGAGUGCUGAAACAUGAACCACAUUUACGUUUCAAACACUUCCAGGUCAAAUCGGACGAGAUGUUUUGACUCUUUGGACCGUGAAUGGAACCACGUCUCACCUCACCCUUUUGCUAAACGACUUUGGGAGACGAUUUUUAAAUGUCGGCCAGGGAAUUUUGGCCUUGAAAGCGUUUGUUUGUCUGAAGGAAUUUCCAGUUUGGGACUCGUAAAGAAGAGCACAUUUUGGAGCAAACAAAGCACUGAUAACCCGCGUCACCUAGUGGACAUAACUGGAAGUGCACCGGGAGGACAGUUUUUUUUUACAUGAGUGCAGCUUGAACUUGGAUAGUUAGUUAGAUAUUUUGGUUCUCAUCACACACACAGGUUGCUUGCCACUACGCCCCCUAGUGGUGAAGGGUGCAGCGGUGAAACAGCACUCCAGCUUGUGUUAAAACAUUCAUGGUGGAAGUUUGGAUGCAGAAGUCUGUAUGUUCCAUGUUGGGUUUAAAGGAGAACUUUCAUGCACAAAAACACCCAUAAAAAACUCUGCCAUUACUAAAUAGUAUAUAAGAAAGUAAAGAUUAUUUUUGUACUAUUUAUUUAGAGGUACAAACAGGUCAGUGGAAAAUGUGUUUGCAUCCUACUGGAGAAGCUAUGACCCUCCAUGUUCUAUAAAACCUCUAUUAAAGGCACUGUAAACAGUUUGCAGUUAUUCCUCACUUACCUUAUGCAUUCUGAGCAUCCUAAUUAGUCACUGUUAGACAUUUGGCAUGCUAAAACGCACUUCCUGAUUAGUGGACGAUAAAAUGCUUGAUAAUGAGAUGCAGACAGCAGAGCUGCUUGUUCUGUGCAUCUGGGGCAGGACACAUUUUGAGGACAGGGCCUUUUAAUAUUCUGGAUAAAAAUUGUACUACAUAUAUUUGUGUAAAAGUUCGUCAUUGUUUCCUCGUUGCUAUGGCUCUUUAUCUCCAUAGUUACAGGAAUCAAACCUGUGACCUGCUGGCUGUGAGGCAAAAGUGCUCUCCACCUAAACUCUGUGAUGUCUCUAGUGUAGGAUAUUCAAAAUCAAAGCUGCACUAAGGAGCUUUUCUACUCGAGUCCACCUGCUGGUCUCCAUGGAGAUGUUAGUUCUUUUCCUGGCCUGUUCCACACUGUGGCUUUAAACAUAAAUAUCAAAGUAUUUGAUUGUGUGAGUACAGGAUGCAUUGUUACUGUGAAUUGGUUUCCACAGAUCUGACAUAACACCAUUUGCUCGUCUCCAUGGAGAUAGAGAAGUCUAAUGUCAUACUGUGGAACAUUCUAGGCAAAGCAGUAACAUCUUCAUGGACACAGGCGGGUGCAAGGCUCUCGUAAAAAAGUUGCACAGUGUAGCUUUAAAGAAAGUUCCACCAGCUAAAAACAGGAUUUGUAAAACUCAAAUGUUCACGAGCAGAUUCUCACUGAAGCAUCAGAACUUUGAAUGACAUGAGAACAAAAAUAAACUCCAAUAACUCCAAACCUGUUUAGAUUGUAAAAACUCUUUCACCUUUACUUUGACCCCGGUUUGCACUUUUGUCAUUUCUUGACUCUGACACAGUUGUGAAGUGAAAACCAUUUCAAGGACUUCCUCAUGAAGCUCAAUGAGAGAAGGACGAGGGUCUGAGCUUCACAAAGCAAAAGGACGAGAUUAUCAUCAGGAUCUGAUAAUAACAUAUUAAACAUCCAGUAGAGUUCAUAUUUCCAUAUAUGUUACUUUAUAUAUUUGAUGUCUUGUGUGUUUGUAAAAUGUCGUAAACGUAAAGAUCCAACAAUGAAAAAGAAGCAUGUCCAAACAUGGCCGGUCUGUACAUUAUUAGCUCUUCUAAUGGGAUGCAAACACGUCUUCUUCUGCUGCUUAACAACCAGCUCACAUCUGUACUCUGUACUCUACAGGCUCAUUGUUUUCACUUUGAUUAUUAUUCAACCACAAAUAUCUGUGAAUGUGUUUACUUUAAUACACCUGCUCUUUCCUCCACACCUGAAGAUGGUGCUAUGGUCCAUUUUGUGCAGCUCAUUUACAUAUUCUGUUUGAUUUGUUUUCUUUUUUUUUUGACAAUGGAUUGUCCAGAGCCUGGAUCUUCUGAAUGAAGCUGAGGGAGAGUGGUCAGGGAUGGGACUCGGGCCACAGGAGCUGAGAAAAUGGACGAAUGACCCCGUGACACAGGGCUGUGACGAUCAGUAGUUCUUUUUGUAUUUUUUCUGGCGAUAAUGCCAUUACUGUGACAUUUUAAUCUUUUUGGCAAAAUAAGUUUAGUUAAAUUAAAACAAGAAAACGUCUUCAGUUAUGAGUCAAACUGUGUCAAAAUACAAACUCUACAGAGACUAAACCAAAGGUCAUGCUAGUGUUAGCAACAGGUUUGAUUGACAGCGUUGCUAAGCACCUCCUCCCUGCUAAACCAAUGGUGCAGGUGGGAAGGGGCGUUACCUUCAACAGCCUCACUACUGAUUGGUUCUUUGGUUGCUAUGAUUUUUCGUGGUCAGAAUUGCAAAUAUGGAACUCGUCUCCAAAUCGUCCCCUAUAACUGCUCUAGCCUCGAUGAGCGACGUCACACUCACUGAGUCCACGUCUUUACACAGUCUGUGGAUAUAUCGUGCAUCCCUAUUGUCACAUAUAUUUUAUCAAUGUGUUUAUAUUUGGAAAGGAGAAAAAAAAGUUUACCGAGUUAGAUCUCCCGAAAACAUCAAUCACAAAAGCAACGCUACAGAUACAGCUAAAAAUACGUGGGAAUUGUUUGGCUAAAAUAGUCAAACCAAACUGCACAGUUCACUGAAGUUUUUACAUAAAUUUGACCAAAACUGGACUCAAGUGUAACGUCUCAUCUUGUGUCAUGCGUCUCAUCCCGUCCAUAACCAUGAGCAUUUAAAAGAUCCUGACUGUGACCCAGUAUAUAAAUAGAUAGAUAUAUUUAAUAAUGAAAGCAAUGAGCCUUAAAUACACCAUAAGCUUUUACCGUAGAGGCUGCUUUGACCUUGGAUCUGUAGCUUUGACCGAGUAGCUGUAGACAUCUUAUAAAGUUUUAUAUUUUCAUGUUUGGGGAAUGUUGCUUUGAUCCAAUGGCCUGAACAAACCUCGGGGGGAAAUUAGAGCAGCCAGAAAAGCGUUACACCAUCAGAACGUUCCGGCUUUGGUCCGAGCUGGAGAUUCAGAGGAAUAAUUGGGAGCCAUUCCUCCAUAUGUGCAGACACCGUGUAUUCAAGACAAAACACAAAAAUAUAUUUCUAUUCCAAGUGUUUUAUGCUUUCCUUGAUCCGACAAUGUAUUUAAAGGUGCACUGUGUAACUUUUCUGAUGGGGUUUGUCUCCAUGGAGAUAUUAUGUCUUUAUUUGGGAUGUUUCACAGUAUGCCAUUAAACCUACACAUCUUAUAUUCAUUUAUUCAUUCACAGAUGUUUUACUGCCAAACAAAUGCAAUCAAAAAUAUGCCGUUUUACUGUGAGCAGGGUCCGUCUUUCCACAGAUCUGACCUGUCACUUGGUCCGGUGGCGUCACUUGCUUGUAAGUUUAGUGUCAUACUGUGGACCAUUCCAGGUAAUAACAACUCUGUGGACCCUCUACCAGAAAAGUUACACAGUGUAGCUUUAACUCAUAGCUGCUGUUAGCAUCACUGCCAACGCAAACCACUUUAACUUUUACCAUAGACUGUUUAUAUAAGUGGACAUAGCUAACCUGCUAGCCACCGCGGUGCAAACAGGAAGUGAUCAUGGGCGCACUUCCGGCUCAAUCAACUCUGGUACCAAUUCUCUUUCUGUGUAAAAACUGUGUCCCCUCUCUCUGUAACUGCUGCUGUCAGACUCAUCAUUUUGGUCUUAAAUGUUCAUAUUAACCCACUCUACAUGAUCCUGAGGUUUUUAUUUCACUAUUUUGUCCCUAAAUCAAGAUAUGAACAUUAAUAACAGACCCGUGAGCUGCCUUCUUUCACUGAGGUCUUUUCCGCUAGCAUUAGCAACAGAUUGAUUGACAGCAGUGCUAAGGGAAGGGGCGUUACUUUCAACAGCCUCAUUCCUGAUUGGCUUUUUGGUUGCUAUGAUACUCAUGGUCAGAAUUCCAAAUAUGGAACUCCAAAUUGGCCACUAUACCUGCUAGCCUCGAUGAGCUUCGUUUGGAGCCGAGCGCUGUGGGUGACGUCACACUCCCUCAGUCCACUUCAUUACACAGUCUGUGGCUUUUUACAUAUGAAUGUUCUGCGCAAAACUGACUCUCUGGACCGACUUCACUGAAUGCAUCGAUGUAUUUUUACAACAUAGUUUUAGAAAAUAGAAAUGAUUAUGACGAUAAAUCCACUUAUUUUUACUGAGUCAUGUGACCUGAGGUGUCACUGCUCGUGUCAUCGGUGCUGCGUCCUCGUUGCGUCUGUCUGCAGAUGUAAAUACAGAAUAGUUCUAAUUGUUUUGUUCACUUGUUCUGUCUGUGGCUUAAACGUGGCUCCGUUGAGUCUGUUCAUGGCGUCUGUGUGUUUUCGAUGCCUUGGAUAUUUUAGUUUUAUGUUUUAGGUCCAUAUUGGAUGGAAAUGACUCAGUUCUUGGAAAAUGAAUUCACACUUUUAGUUUUUUAGCUUUUGUUUCUCAUCUUAACAGCUCAGAACCAUUGAUUCACCGUAAAAUAGCAAAAAUAGUGGCGAUGUAACCUUUUCUGCUUAUUGUUAAACUCUUAUUGCUUUAACUGGAAUGUUCCACAGUAUGGCAUUGUGUAGCGUGUGGUGCAUUAUGAGUUCAAAUUAGCUUAAAAAUACCUUGAAGUACAUGCAUUUUCCUGUGAUUUGCUCACUUCACCCACUUCCUUCAGGGGAUAGAGUUUGGAGUUUAAUGCCAUACUGGGAAACUUUCUACACAAAGCACCAACAUCUCCAUGGAGACGAGCAGAAAAGUUACAUAGUGCAGUUUUAAAUGCAUAAUGACCAAAAUAGAGUUUUUUUGUAGUUUUGCCAGCUGUAAACUAUAACGCACUAUAUUUGUCCUACAGCUGUUUUACUGCAAACACAUAUUAACAGAUCGGGUGCAUUGCUGCCAAAACCCACAUGAACCCACACAAAUUAUUUUAAAAGUGAAGUCCAGUCACUACCUUUGUUUUUAACUCCUAUAAAAACAUGACGUCGGGAGGUCAUUACAUCACACUGUUAUAAACGUGUUUCAAAAAGUUCUAUAUAACUCUAAAUGCCAAUAAAACGUCUGGACACUGUUGUUUCAUAACCUCAAAAUGAAACUCGUCAACACCAAAAAGCUUUUCAAGGCACUUUCCCUCUGCAUGUGCCAAGGUACUUUUGUUUAGUUUGUAAUUCUAUUUUUUUGCUUGUUUCUUCCAGUUUUAGGUUGGUUUUCAGUGGUGGUGCUGUAUGUGCCAGCUGUUGUAAAGGCUGUGGCUGUGUGUACAGACGCCCAGUGUAACGUAUUGAAGGAACUUGUACA